AUGGCGACGGCCACCAAACUUGUAGGCAGCAAAACAUUAAAGCACCUUUUAACUGAAUUGAAACAGAUCAGCACCGGCGAUGGAAGUGCUUCGAUGGCGGCCAAAUAUAUUACCGAACAAUACCGACGCUUCGAAACCACGGAACAGCAGCAUUGUCGGGCCAAGGAGGAACUACAGUUUACGGCCGACACAUACCGUUGCUACUUGGAGAGCGUACGUAGACUCAAAGAACUCAGCGAGGUUUAUCGCGGCAAAGGCGAACGAACCGUUCGGGAUACAGCAGACAUGGUGGGUUUCAAACUGCCUCACGAUCCUAAAUAAAAUGUUGGGAUAUCUUCUAA